AUGGCCUCCAACUACUCCCCUAAACACUUCCUCGUUACCUUUCCAGCCGAAUAUGUCGCCCAUGUCGAAAUCAACCGAGCAGACAAGCUCAACUCCUUUUUUGAAGCGAUGUGGCUAGAACUCCGCGAUAUAUUCGGCCAGCUAUCCCACGACCCCAACGUACGGGCCGUCGUCCUUUCGGGUGCUGGCUCCCGCGCAUUCACCGCAGGGCUAGACGUCAAGGCUGCAUCGAAGGGUCUUCUGGGUCCCAAGCCAGAUGGCGAUGCUGCACGAAACGCUGCCCUUUUCCGCCGUCACAUCGCCUCUUUCCAGGACUGUAUUACCGCGGUAGAAAAGUGCGAGAAGCCGGUCAUUGCGGCGAUGCACGGGAUAAAUUUUGGGCUCGGGAUUGACCUCUCAGCUGCGACGGAUAUUCGAUACUGCGCUGCUGAUACGAAGUUUUCCGUCAAGGAGGUUGAUAUUGGUCUUGCAGCGGAUAUUGGUACCUUGUCCCGCCUCCCCAAGGCCGUAGGAAGCUAUAGCUGGGUUAAGGAGGUUUGUUUGACGGCCAGGGUUUUUGGAGCCCAAGAGGCGAAGGAGGUGGGAUAUGUCAGCGCUGUGUUCGAUAACAAAGAGGUUAUGAUCGAAAAGGCAUUGGGUACUGCAAAACUGAUUGCCUCCAAGAGCCCGGUCGCUGUCCAGGGUACCAAGGAGCUGCUUAACUGGUCAAUUGACCAUUCCGUUCAGGAUGGUUUGAGAUAUACUGGUGUGUGGAACAGCGCAGCUCUUCAGACAGACGAUAUAUCAAAUGCCCUUCUAUCGGGUUUGGAGAAAAGGACUCCUACAUUCGAGAAGCUAUGA